AAUGGCUACUCAGGUAAAUGCUGCCGAACUGCUGCAGCAGGCCCUCAGCUCCAACAUAAUUCCCAAUCAAGAGUUUCUACUGCAAGGAUCCAUCCUAGAUUCGGCUGCGGAGAACUUGCUGCACCGGUUGCGAGGACUUUGUGACAAUGUCGAUGCAAGCACCGAAACUUUUAGCGAUAUCGAAAUGUGCUUUAGCCUUAAGCUGCCAAGUGAAAAGACCCCCGUCAUGACCGUACGGGUAAGGCGAGCGCAAGAUGUCGAAGCGCCGCUCCAGCUACGCUACAUUGGCCAACCGGAACUAGGCGAUAGAACACGCCCAACACUCGUCCGAAGCAGUCUCGACAUUGCGUGCACCCCGCACGUCAUCGAUUUUCUCACCGAAAUGGGUUUUCGGUUGGACUUUGAGUACUCGAUGAAGGGUUACAUGUUUCGCAAAGGGCGCAUGAAGAUAACGGUGUCGAAGAUUUUGAAGAACAUGACCGAACCCAUCUCGCAGAGCUAUCUCGUCGAGCUGUCCGUCCUGGCCCCGAAAGGUCAGGAUGCGAUAGCUGAGGAUAUGCGCAUCUUCGCCGAGCAGUUGAAGCCUCUCGUGCAGUUGGAAAAGAUUGACUACAAACGGUUUGCCCAAAUGCCGUAACAAACAGGAAACGAGAGCAGGUUUUACUUAUAAUCUUGGUUUAUUCAAAAAGGA